UUAAACGGGUUGGGUUAUAUUUCGGUGAUCGAUCGCCUUAGCGGUUUUCAUUGAUAAUAAUUCCAUCUUGUCUUAUUAUUUAUUCUUAAAAAAAUAUUAGAUUUUUUAUUGUGUAACUUAUGCUAAGAAGUGACCGUCGACGUAAUUCAUUGAAAAAUGAAAUCAAAUAGACCAAAUUAAUACAAUAACCAUAGUGGUAAAGGUGUCUGCCUCUCUUCCCAUGAAUCAUGGGUUCGAGCCCUACUCGGGCCAUAAUCAUAAUUCCUCAUAUGGUACCAGUACUGGUUAGUUCCAUUUGUUCCCGUCUUAGUUUAUCAGUAAUCCAGUUAUUAGUACCAAUCUCUUCGCCAGUGACCGUCUGCUAAUCCCACUUGAGAUGAGAUCAAUGUCGUCUGUUAAUUUUCACGGAGAAAUUACACCUCUCCCAAGGAUCUAACUAGCGCCCCCUGGAUUACUAAUCCGAUGUGUUCAUUAUGCGGUUAUCAUGGAAACUUCCAUGUGACACUUUAUCGCCAUUCCAUGAAAAGCGGCGUAUGGUCCAAAAGUACAAGAAUGCGUGUACCCUUUAACCUACUAAACGUCAAUGACGUAAUUACAUUGUGACGUAACUGACGAUGUCGUCAUAACGUCGUUGUUACUUUGGCUAACAACGUCAAAACAGAUACAGCAAUCUUUAGAAGCAGACGACGAUUUUCUAGCAGACGACAAUUUAUAAUGAAGAAAACAACACAAAGCGUUGAACGUCUUCAGGACAUGUUAAAACAUGGAUCCAGAAAGAGGAAGCGUUCCGAAAGCCCUGAUGAGGAAUCGCUACCCCCAGCAAAACGUCCAAGGAAGAUGGUGGCUGUGGUUCCACUAUUUCCAAGGACGUUUUUAUUAAAAGUCAAGAAAUGGCAAGACAGGAAAAGAAAAAUUGAAUUAGGUAUGGCUCUAUACAUAGAGGCACAGUUGAAGAAAAUGGCCGACACAUCAUCUUCGCCACCAGAACCCACAGUUUCAUUAUCAGUUGAAGCAUUAGAGGGAAUUAAGGCAGCCGAGCAACUGAUUGAAGAAAUCUCGGCCGAGAUCGCCGCUUCUUUUCCAAAGCGUUAUGGAAUCAUCAAGAGGCUGGAGGUCAACAAUGUUGCAGACAACAGUGUCGAGGUCAAGGUCGUUCCAGUUAAGCGCCGUGGCGGAUGGAGGAAAAAGGGAGAGAAGCGAAACUAAAUUGAGUGAUAAAAAGACAAAAAAAAGAACAUAAAAUAAACAAAAAUGCUAAAAGCAAACGCCAUUUGGGAGUUUCAAUAAGAGACAUGG